AUGGAUUCAAUGAAGGAUGCAUCUGACAACUUUGAUUUGCAACAAUGGAGUAAGGAAGAAGUUUUCAAGAGCAAAGAAGAAUUACUCGGUUGGGUACGGAACGUUGGAAGGAAAAAUGGGUUUGUAAUUGUCAUCAAGACAUCAGACUAUGGUGGUGGUCAUAGGACACCAAGGAUAUUUUUUGCCUGUGAGAGAAGUGGUCAAUACAAAGCUCAUAAGAAAUUAGAAGGAGAUGAUUCAAGCAAAAAAAUUGUAAAGAUAACGGGUACAAAGAAAUGCGGGUGUCCCUUUGAGUUAAGGGCUCGUAAGUUGAUGGUUGCUGAUGAUUGGAUAGUAGAUGUAGCAUGUGUAAUGCAUAACCAUGCUCCUGCUAAACAUUUUGAAGGACAUUCAUUUGCAGGGAGAUUAUCUGAGGAGGAAACAUCAUUAUUAGUGGAUAUGUCCAAAAGCAUGGUCAGACCGAAAGAGAUUUUGGUUACAUUGAAACGAAAGGAUGCUUUGAAUGUAACCACUAUGAAAACCAUUUAUAGUGUACGUCAUAGGAAUAAUGUUAUUGAGAAAGCCGGGAGAUCACAAAUGUAA